AUGCCGCGCCAACCCCCAGUGUGGAUGAACUGCACACCACCGAUCCCCUUCUAUGGUACCCAGCCUACGCAUUACGAGCGAACGGUCAUUGUGGGGAACGUACUCGGAGGACAAUUCGAAGUCAAAUACAACAUAAACCGCCAGGAUGGCGAGGGCGGGCCUGCUCGAGAUAGUACAAAUAGCUCAGAACUCGGGUUGCAGCACUACAACCUAGGAUCAGCAACUCAUAUGCCAGUAACGUAUCAGGAUGGCAUGCUGAUACAGGAGGAAGUAACAGAAAUCAGAGUUCACAUCAAUUUCAACCUGAGUUCAGAAGAGCUCGUACAGCUCUGCCUACGCCUUAUCGAGAACCCGGCUCCAAGAAACCAAAUGCUCUACAUCGUGGUAGCGGCAGCAUGUCAUUAUAUCCGCCGGGGAGUGCUGCAGCGACUUCAGCUCAUGGAAUACGCUAUUGCAUGGAUGAGGGCUAAGCUUAGGUCGCUCGAGAAACGGUGUUUUGAAGACCAGAAGAUUCAGGGCGACUUCAACCAGCUGAUGGUCGUGUUUGUGGAGAAGCUGGAGGACGAGGUCGAUCGCGUGGGGAUGUUCGCCCCCAUCAUCCUCGGCGAAGCCCUCGCAUUCGUAACGAUACACGGCGGUACACAUCAUAAGCAACAGUUCUUGAACUCAUACGCUACGUACAGCGGUCUCGCUUCCCCUAUUUAUCCCCAGUGUUCAUGGAGCCAGAUGCACCACGCGCCUCCCGACAGGCUGAAAGCGGCUGAGAUGAAAAUGAACAGGGCAGCAGGGAACAUGGAAGUCGAGGGAAAGGAAGCCGGGGAGCAUGAAGCUGAUGAGGAGGAAGCGGAGGAGGAAGAAGGCCGCGCGGAUAACCAUGACCAGGAUGAGAUCGAAUAG